UUGAGAAUUUUAAGUUGCCUUUUAUUUAAUAACUUAUUUAAAGAUUCUCCGCGCAGAACGGUCGGAACUGCAUAAUAAAAGAGACGUCUGAUACAUUCUUUAUCAACUCACACAUCUAAAAAGAAUAUUAUUGCUUGAACGGACCAUGAAAACAACCAAUAUCGGAUUAUAUGCAUUUCGUUUAACCUUCGGCCAGGCACCGCCACUGUCAGCGCAGGCCUCGACGCACAGCAGUCAUGCCUUCACCACAAGCUCGAGUUCACCACGCGUGGUGACACGCUCGGCCACCAUGUUGGCCUUGUUCGGCAUUGCGCUGUCCUCGUUCAGCCUCAAGCAGCUGCUGGCCAACAAGCAUAACAAACACAAUGCCCUGCGCAAGCUCUAGGCCAACAAAAAUGCAGCAGUGGUAACAGCCGCAGCAGCUACGACUGGAAGGAGUCUAGUAGUCAUGUCCUGUUAGUUAUCAGUUCCCGUCAGCUUCAUUGUCAUUAUCAUAAUCAUCAUUAUUAUUAUCAUCAUAGUGUAUAUUUCUUUAUGUUUAAGCUCAUCAAUCACAUACACACACCAUAGCAGUGACAUGGACUUUAUUUAAAUAACCAACUUAUAUAUAUUUUGAGACGUAACAAUUUGCAUAAAAUGUAUGACAUAUGUAUAUAUGUUCUUGUUACACACACACACACACAAACACAAACGAACAAUGAGACACAGCUAAGCAAACACGCAAAUAAAGUUUGCCUGAGAUAAAAGAGAUCGAAGUAGUAGCAACGCCAACUAAAAAGGAAUAAAACUUGUGAUAGUUAAUUACUAAUUAUAAUAACAAAAUCUGUUAUAGACGAAUGCUGUCAACAUUCAUUUGUUGCUCCCCUGUUUGCCCCUUUUUAGUUUUUAUAUAUUUUAUAAAUAUAUAGUUGUAUGUGUUAACAAGUCCCGAUAUAUACAUAUAUCGUUAGUUUACUAAUCUUAUGCAAAUGCUAAAUUUAAUUGAGAAACGCCAAAAUCGCAACAGCAAAGAGAAACGACUAAGUAAAGAUUGUUAUAAAACAACAGCAACGUGGAAUAAGUCUAAAGCGGAAACUAUGGGCUGUAAACGCGUACCGCAGUAUCCAAGAAUUGUAUUAGUUUUAGUUAACUUUGAAAAUAAAUAUGCAUUAUCAAAAUUA